UCCAUUACGUAAACCAGGAAAGUUGCCAGGAAAAGUAAUACACGAAGUUUACGAGCUGGAAUAUGGUGAAGAUUGUCUAGAAAUGCACCUUGGUGCUGUACAGCAGGGUGAAAAAGCUGUGGUAAUUGAUGAUGUGGUGGCUACUGGUGGGACCCUUUCUGCUGCUAUUAAACUUUUAGAAAGAAUGGGGGCCGAAGUAGUUGAGUGCGCCUGUGUCAUUGGGCUGCCUGACCUAAAGGGUAAAGGCCGGUUAAACGGGAAGCCACUUUACCUACUAGUGGAGCCACGUUUCAGCCUUGUAGAAGAGUGCACAAAUUCACAAAUAUGCAAAAAUGUAUGCAAGUUAGGGGAUGGUGGAGAUCAUAGGCCUUAACUAUGCUUCACCUGAAUGUGGGAGUUCACCUAAUUCUUCUUCAAGAUUGGCAUUGAAAUGUACUAUGCUCCUAAUUUCUUUUCAUAUUGAUAAAACGUACAAACAAAAAGAGCACAAGAUUCAAUCGAAAAAGACAUCUCGUUCUUAUUAUA